CACUGCAGCAGAGCUCUCUCUCUCUCUCUCUCUCUCGCAAUGGAGCUCUCCGUCCAUGGCCUCCACCAACCAAUUACCAGAAUUAGGGUUUCUAGGAUUUCUCUUUCAAUUCUCAAUCCACCUCCAAAUCUACUCCCGAUCUUCAGCUUCUCUUCGAAUCCCACCCGGCAGAUCCGACUCAUCGCCUUCCGUCCAUCAGCGGCCGAGAGAAACGCGACGACGAUCGAGCAACCUGGAGGGAAGAUGGUGGUGGAACUUGUCGGAGCGUUCAACGAUCUGACGGACAGGAUGAGCGUGAUCUCGACGAGCUCCUCUCGGCUACUGUUCAAGGCGCUGAAGCUCUCGAUUCCUCUCCUGCAGGCGCUGCCCUUUGCGGCCGACGGGCGGGCCCCACUCUCUCGCGCUCUGUCCGUCGCUUGCGUCCUUGCCGAUCUUCAGAUGGAUGCAGAAGUUAUUUCGGCCAGCAUACUGAGAGAAGUUCUGGAGACAGGUGCUAUGAGCAUACAUGAAGUAAAAAAACAGAUUGGAACUGGUACGGCUCAUGUAUUGCAUGAGAGUUUGCGGGUAAGGGGAAUUCCUUCGAGAGUUGAAGUUCUGGAUGAUGAUAGUUCUGCUGCUUUAAGGAAAUUCUGCUUGACAUACUACGACAUUAGGGCGGUGGUAUUGGAACUUGCUCUCAAGCUUGAUAUCAUGAGGCAUCUAGAUUACCUUCCUAGAUAUCAACAACAGAUGUUGUCUCUUGAGGUUAUGAAGAUAUAUGCUCCCCUAGCUCAUGCUGUAGGCUCUGGAGCCUUAUCACUGGAGCUGGAGGACCUCUCCUUCCGAUACCUGUUUCCCUAUUCAUACCUUUAUGUUGAUACAUGGUUGAGAAGCCAUGAAACAGGAAGCAAGCCCCUAAUAGACAUAUACAAGGAACAGCUGCUUCAAUCCUUAAAAGCUGAUCCUGUGCUUGCAGACAUGGUGGAUGACAUCUCAAUCAAAGGUCGCUAUAAAAGCCGAUUCAGCACCAUGAAAAAGAUAUUGAAGGAUGGCCGUAAACCGGAAGAAGUAAAUGAUCUAUUAGGCUUGCGGGUCAUUUUGAAUCCUAGAUCUGGGGAUAGCAUGAUAGAGAGAGGUGAGAAAGCUUGUUACAGGGCUCGUGAAGUGGUCCAAUCUUUGUGGAAAGAAAUACCGAACCGGACAAAAGACUAUAUUACCUGGCCCAAGGCAAAUGGCUACAAGAGUUUACAUAUGACAGUUGAUGUUAGUGAUAAUUCCCGGACUAGACCACUAAUGGAAAUACAAAUACGCACCACAGAUAUGAACAGAUUGGCUGCUGGUGGAACUGCAUCCCACUCUUUGUACAAGGGGGGUCUGACAGAUCCUGAAGAGGCAAAACGGCUCAAGGCUAUUAUGAUGGCUGCUGCUCAACUUGCUGCAUUGCGUCUUCGAGAUCUCCCUUCUGCAAAUAACAGAGAAUGUGUUGAGACUGACCGGAGAGACAGGGUUUUCCGUCUUCUCGAUAAGAACGGUGAUGGUAGGAUUAGCAUCGAGGAGCUUGCAGAAGUGAUUGAAGAGCUUGGAGCUGAAGGGGAGGAUGCCCUGGAACUAAUGCAGCUUGUUGAUGCCAACAGCGAUGGUUCUUUGAGUUCUGAUGAAUUCGAUUUGUUUCAGAAACAGGUCGAGUUCAUGCGUAAUUUAGAGGACACGGAUGAUCAGUACAGAACCAUGUUGGAUGAGAAGCUUCAAAUGAGUGAUAGCAGCGGCCUGAUUCAGGUGUACCGUAAAGAGCUAGGCGACAGGCUGGCGGUAAGAUAGCUUGAAAAUCGACCCAAAGUAACUUUGUAUUUUGUAUUUAUUCUGUAGGGGUAGCCAUGUAUGUAAAUUUCUUCUGUACAGUAUCAGUUCAUCUCCAGAAUUAUGUAUUAUUGUAUAGAGUUAUAAAUUCCAAUGACCUACAUCUAGCUUAUGAA